GUCGCCCCUGAGGGCCCCUAGUGGUUAGUUGAUGGAAACGGAAAGAAAAUCCGGUGGUUACAUGUAGAAGCAGCUGGUGCGGUUUCAGUGUCAAUAACCUGAUUGCUUCAUCGAAGGAUCGCUAGUGUUUAUCGGAGAGGAGCAAGGCAAGAUGCCAGUUUUUUACUGAGAAAAUUUACUCUGAGUCUGAGCGCGCAGCCGACCCGGACAUGAAGGCUUUCUUCGGGCUAAAGUGAUUUUUAAAGUCGUUUAAAGAGAAGCGAAGAUGAACUCAGGUACGCAUAAGCCACCUGUGGCUCCUAAACCAAAGCUGGCCCUCUAUCAGAAGCCAAUACUGUCACCCCAAAUCCUCAGGAAAGAUGGCCUCUCACACUUGUCUCCUGGCACAGCGAAGAAGGUUAAGCCUGCUCUAGCUCCCAAACCCUGUCUCCCAAAAAUCACAUCCACUGUGGAGUCCAAGCCAAAGACUUUAAAGAGCCUGCACACACCUGCAUUGGAAACCCCUAGGCCGUUUGGUCUUCUGAACUCUCAAGGUGGAAUCCAGCAAGAGAACAAAAAAUCUGACUGGGAUUAUAUUGUUCCCAUUUGCCUGUGUAGCAAGGAGAAUUGCACAUGCAUCACCAGCUCAAACUUAGAAAAAAUGGAGAAAGACUUUAAAACAGCAUACAAGAGCAAAACUGAGGAAAACAGGAAGACUGUUCCUGCAUCUCAGAGCAUACUGGAUAACAACCGAGGAAAAGAUGCUAUGAGCCAAAUGAUGAACUUGGCCUCCACUAAUACUAACGUCACUUUUAACAAACCUCUCCAUGAGAUGCAGACUGUUGACAAAAAACUCAGUGCAGACUUUGAUACCUCGAGUUCUGAAGAUACUAUUUGGCCUUGUAUUCCUAACAGAACAUCAGGCAAUGAGACAAAUGAUAAUGCAGGUAUGCAAAGUGUGCCUGGACGAGAACCAGAGGAUGAAGGUUUUAACUCAGAGCGAACCAGUGUGUCCCAAUGUACACCAGCCCCAGCAGGCCCUAGGAAGCCCCACCCUGUCCCUGUACCACGGAAACUAGUAACAGCUGUUCUGGCCGACCAGGAUAAGGUGGAGGGGGUGAAGGAAGAGACCACGAUCUGGCAAGAGAGGGAAACAAACGUCAAAGAGGUUAAUAUGUCAUCAGACGGAAAGGGCAGCUCAUCCCUAUCUGUCAGUGUACCUGAGAGUGAAAACAUGCAGUCAGUAAUUCUGUCUACGAGGAAAGCUUUUGCCCCACCAGCUCCUCCGCCUAGGAAAAAGCCUUUUCUGAAUAACACCAAGCAGACACCAACCCCUGCUCCUCAAAUGCCAACUCAGGAUGUGCAGGAGGAAGAUUUGGGUUGGGACAGCAGCAUCUAUGAGAUGGAAAUAUCAGUUGACAAUGAAGAUGAAGAAAUCCAAGGAAAAAGAGGGAAUUUUCAGGAAGCAGCUGACUGUGAUUUCGUACAUCACCCUCCUUCAAAUGUAUUACUCAGCCAGCCCGUCCCCAUCACCGUAGCAGCUGAGGAGAAUGGGAUGGUUAAAAUAGCUCCAAAGAAGCCUCACAGACACAUCAGUCCAAUGGCAUUGGUAGAGAAGAACGAGUCCUUGGAGGAAAAAGAAGAAGAGACAGCAGAUGAUUGUGAGAUAAAGCAAGUCAGUAGCUCACAAGAUAAUGUUUUGAAGGAGAAAAUAACGAGGGAGCUGCCAUUGCCUCCAAAUGAGAAAUCAAAUGGAAACCUUUUAACAUCUGGAAACAUCAAACCUUCUCGUUCCAGCCUGAGCAAACAUAAAGCCAAAUCCUUCUCCUCUGCCGACAUCAUUUUAUCUGAAGGACAGAGGAAACACUCUUUCCGGAAAUUUCUAGACUUGAAGCUCGCAAAGAAGAUGUUACCAAAAAUGAAGACAAAAGGAGGCCAGAGCCAGAACUCCCCUGAGAAUAGCUACAAAGAAAGCACCCUUAAAGGCCAAGACGAAGAUCAGAAAUUUUCUGAGCAUCUCAGCGGCGAACGAAAACUCUCCUGCCCGCUAACUGGACUUGAGCAGAGUGUGGAUGAAGACGAGUUCUCUCCUGGACUUGAACAAGCUCGCCUCUAUGAAACCAUCCGCGACUAUGAGGAGAUCACAGAGUAUGUGAAUGUGCAUGUAGGAAAGGCAGGAUUUUCCUCUACAUCCUACUUGUCACAACCCUGGCAAAGCUCACUGUAUAACGAUGACGGCAUUUAUGAGGAGCAGGAGCCGUACAUCUCCCUGGUGAAAAACGCACUGCAGUCACCACCAGCAGAAUAUGACAGAAGCUCAGUUGAUGAGGAGGUGACUGUCCCUUGGGAUGAUGAUUUCGAGGCCAACAGCUCUGAUGAGGAGGAUGAGGAUGACAGCAGUUCCAUCUCCAGUAAAGACGAUCCUGAGCAACCAGAGGAGAACAUGAGGCAGAGUGAACAGAAAAAAAGCAAGAUACACCACAUCGCCACAGAAAUCAUGAGCUCUGAGAGUGUGUUUGUUGACGUCUUGAAGCUGCUUCAUGUUGACUUCCGUGAUUCGGUGUUGAGAGCAUCUCAACAGAGUGGAAAGGCUGUCAUUGAGGAACGUCUUCUCAACCAGAUCCUAUACUACCUCCCACAACUUUAUGAACUCAACCAAGACCUGCUCAGAGAGCUUCAGCAGAGAGUGGCCAAAUGGGAUGACAACUCUCAGCUUGCAGACAUUUUCCUGGAAAAAGGGCCAUACCUAAAGAUGUACUCCACAUACAUUCAUGAGUUUGACAAGAAUGUUGCUCUGCUGGAAGAGCAGACAAAAAAGAAUCCGGCAUUUGGCACAGUUGUCAAAGAAUUUGAGGCAAGUCCUCGUUGUGCCAACUUGGCUCUGAAGCAUUACCUACUAAAACCGGUUCAGAGGAUUCCUCAGUAUCAGCUGCUGCUCACAGACUACCUAAAAAACUUAUCUCAAGACUCAAAUGACUACAAGGACACUCAAGCUGCCCUAUUAUUAGUCAAGGAAGUAGCCAAUCAUGCCAAUGACAUCAUGAAGCAAGGGGAUAACUUCCAGAAGCUGAUUCAGGUGCAAUGUCGCCUGAGUGGCCACCAUGAGAUAGUCCAACCUGGACGGAUCUUCCUCAAAGAGGGUGUCCUGAUGAAACUGUCCAGGAAAGUCAUGCAGCCCAGAAUGUUCUUCCUGUUUAACGACACCUUGCUAUAUACCACUCCUGUGCAGUCAGGCCAGUAUAAGCUUAAAAACAUGUUGUUACUGGCUGGGAUGAAGGUUAGCAAACCUAGUCAGGAGGCCUAUCAGAAUGAGCUGAACAUUGAGAGUGUGGAGCGCUCCUUCAUCCUCUCUGCAAGUUCUGCUGCUGAGCGAGAUGAAUGGCUUGAAGCAAUUUCCAGAGCAAUUAGUGAUUACACCAAGAAGAAAAUCAGCUUUAUAUCUAGCAACCCUCCAGAUGAGGUGAAAUUGCGUGAAGGAGGAGAUGGUGCUCCUUUGGGAUCCAAAGCACCAAUAUGGAUCCCGGAUCCACGUACCACCAUGUGCAUGAUCUGCACCUGUGAGUUCACCCUGACAUGGAGGAGACAUCACUGCCGUGCGUGUGGAAAGGUGGUUUGCCAGUCUUGUUCCUCCAACAAACACCAGCUUGAAUAUCUAAAGAACCAGUUAGCCCGAGUGUGUGACCAGUGUUUCCUCGUUCUACAGCUACAGAAAAAUGAAAUAGCCUCAGUGGCAACUCUAUCCCCUGGACACAAAGCCAGCUUUGCUUUCAAUAGGAAGCAAAAGAAGAUACCCGCAGCCCUCAAAGAGGUAACAGCCAACACAGACAACUCCUCAAUGAGUGGGUAUCUGCAGAGGUCCAAGCGCAAUAAAAAGCAGGGGAAGAGGCUGUGGUUUGUCAUCAAAGAUAAGGUCCUUUACACAUAUGCUGCCAGUGAGGAUGUUGCAGCCUUGGAGAGUCAGCCCCUGUUGGGCUUCGUGCUGAAAUUUGAUUCUUUAGAGAAGAUGCAGUUUAAGCUCUACCACAAACAUAUACUUUACUACAAUUUUAAAGCUGAUGAUGUCCAAACAACCCAAAGAUGGAUCAACUCAUUCAGAGAGGCCACUGUGUUGUAAAAUCUGUCAAUGGUGCCUGCAGCUGUUCCUUCAUACUCGAUCAACCUUGACUAGAAACGUCAAGGAAUUCAGCAAAAAGCAUUUGGAGGCUUCGUUUUAGUUGAAGUGAAAUAAAACCAAAAUCUGAUGUACAUCUUUUAUCAAAUUACAUUUUACACCUGUUAUAGAAAUUUAAUAUGUUUUUAUGUUGACUUCAUUCUCUUUUACGGUUUAUGGGGUUUUGGCUCCAGCAUCAGACUUAUUCAAUAUUCCAAGAUAUUUUGGAGUUUUCAAUUUUGAUUUUUUUUACAUUUAUAUUGUUCAGUAUCAGGCUUUGAUCUUCAUGGCACAAAUAAAAGCUGAAUGUCCAGAAAUGUUUGAGGAGUGAUACUUUGAGUCACAUUUAAUAGUUCUAAGAAGUAAAAACAAAUUGUGUAAUUGUUUCUUGUAAUUUGUUAAAGCUUUAUUUAUUUUAAGCUUAAGCAACUCUUCAUUACAGGCACUGUACACUCUAACUGACAUUAAAAAUGUUAUAACUGUGAUCUUACCUUUAAUCUUAAUGUUGUGCUGGGGAAAUAUUCAGUUUUUACUUAACUAUUAAAUGUGUUUUGCACUUAAGUCACUCAAAAAACUGUCCUUUUAUAUACACCCCAAAGAUACAGAUUUUACUGUAAAUUAAGUCCAAUUUCAGUGGAUCGCUUUUACAUCUUCAAUUCUGUUAGUGUGAUUAAUACAUUUUUUGUUUUACUGUACUCUGUGCAACUUUCAACUUAAGCUACAAAGUACUGGAAAACAUACUCUGUUGUACUGUCAGUAAAUAUAAUAAAUACCCGUUUUUGAUCAGGCGUAUUAUAUUUAA